UAGCGCCGCUUGCACCGUGGAGUCUUCAGUCCUCACACAGUGGAUGAGACCAUCACACAUAUCGCACUUGUAUAACAACAUUCCUAGAUAUACCGGCCCGAUCCGAGCGUGUUGUGAUACAAACAUAUAUUAUAUAUAUAUACAUAAGCAAACGUAUCGUACAGUCAGAUACGAGUAUAACAGUCGAACGACAAAACUAACCAGACCAUCGACGAGUUAUGUACCCUAAACAAUGACCGGACAUUGAGUUGUAGUAUAAAGUUCAGAGAUUGUUGUUUAUUGGAGCGAGACCAGUGGUUGGAGAUCAGUGCGCGUGGCCAAGGGACGUUCGAAAAGGACACCUCCAGAUAUUUAUAUGAGUGGGUGUAAAGUAGCGAAUCUGGCGGAUUACAAAAGUGAAACGGUGCGGAGGUGGGUUGAAACGUCACCCACCCCCCAGAACAACAACAUAGAUACACCGAAAUCGAUAAAAAACAGUUUGAACAACAACACGAUAGACUUCCUAUCGCAAACCUUCUGGAGGAGUAGCAGCAAGGAAGAGAUGCCGAUGUUGCUGCAGCAGCCGAACCACGUCCUCCUCUCCGAAGCCGACCAGCCGCUGGACUUCACCAUGUCCAAGUUCAAGACGAAGACCGCCGGCACCGUCGCAUCGCAACUAAAGCAGUUCAACAAUUUCACGCAGCAACAGAUGAUGUUGCUCCAGAACAACGGUGUAUACUUUAACAGUUCGAACAAUAACAAGAGUUUCACGCGUGGAAGCAGCCCGUCGAGUAGUUCAGAGGACGAAGGAGUUGGCCCGCCGAAUUCCUCUCCGCGUUCGACGCCACCAAGCUCUGGACCCAUCCGAAACGAAAUCGCGCCCUCGCCUAUAGCGGCGGAAAAACCUUACGGUAA